AUGAUGGUUCCUGAGUCAUUGGUUGGUGGGUUGAUUGGGAGGUGUGGCUCCAACAUUUCAAGGAUCAGAAGUGAAUCUGGAGCAACUAUCAAGGUUUAUGGCGCAAAAGGUGAACAGACUCAUAGGCAGAUCCAUUUGGGUGGUAGUUCUCAACAGGUAGCACUGGCAAAGUUGAGAGUUGACGAAUAUGUGUAUUCUCAAUUGAUACAGCAAGCUGGUGGUCAACAGUCGGUGUAA